UCUGUCAGAGUUCACUAGCUGCUAUACAUCAGCUGCUUGAUAAUCUGCCAGAGCUUUCCACUUAGUUUGCGGUUGGUUUCUUGCAUCAAGGGUAGCUUAGCUGCUUAGCUAGAUCGAUGGCGCCUAAUGGUGACGCGGCGGUGGCGGCGGCGGCGGAGGCGGUGCCGAUGGGGCGGCCGAGGCAGCAGCCGAAGCCGCGGAGGAUCUCGAUGGAGGGGCUCCAGCGCGCCAUGUCCGACCUGGCCCUGGAGUUCACCAAGAAGGCGGCCGUGUUGGACGCGGCGGCCAAACUGCCGGCGGUGUCGGAGCAGGUGGACGACGCGCGCUGCGAGUGCUGCGGCAUGACGGAGGAGUGCUCGGCCGAGUACGUGCGGCGCGUGCGGGAGCGGUACUGCGGGCGGUGGGUGUGCGGGCUGUGCGCGGCGGCGGUGACCGACGAGGCGGACAGGAGCCGGAGCACGACGGAGGAGGCGCUGGCUGCGCACAUCGCCGUGUGCGGGCGGUUCAACCGCCUGGGGCGCGCCAACCCGGUGCUCAUGCAGACGGAGGCCAUGAGGGAGAUCUUCAGGAAGAGGGGCAAGUCCAACAGCCCCAGGGACAGCGCAAAUGCCGGUGGCCUCACCAGGAGCUCCAGCUGCAUGUCUGCCAUCACCAAGGACCUCAUGAAAUAGUCAAGGAGUAUCCGACCUCUUUUUCAGCCGGCGGACGCAAGAGGAUCGUGAAAUAUAUAUAUCUCAUCUCAUAAAGCUACUCCGUCCGUUCCGAUUUACUCGUCCUGGUUUUAGUUCAAAUUUAAACUAAAAUCACGACGAGUAAAUCAAAAUGGAGGGAGUAUGUAUGUAUGUACAUACAGCUGAAGCUCAGUGUGGAAUCGUCAGUGGUAUAUGCUGCAUGAUAUUAGUAUAAGGUUUAGCUAAAGAAAGAAAAAAAAUCAGUAUUAGUAAAGGGCUCGUUCAAAACGAA